GUAAAUUGGAGUCAAACGAUACAGGGAGCCUAGAUGAGCUUGAGAGAUGGGAACAGAUCGAUACUCUCGAUGACCACAUGGACGAGGUAGAGGACAAGACGAUUCCUGACGAGUUACGUGCUCCCUCUUUGUUUCAAACUGACAAACGGCUCAAAGUGAUACCAUCACCAAAGGUACACAUCGCCAUCGCAGAUCAAAACAAGCGCAACGAAUUUUCACUUUCUAGAACGGACCAGCGAACUCAGUUUCGGAAACUUCAGCAAGCCACACGGAAGGGUCAAAUUGAAGGAGAUGCUUCGACACUGCAUUAUGCAGGUACAGCGGAAGAGGAGGAUACAACCGAGAGGCAGACAUUCGAUGCCGUUCAUCGAAGACAAGGAUAUGAACUACAUCCUUCUGUUGUAUCGUUUGCUAAACGCCAUUUUACUGUUGCGGCACAACUUAGAGCGCCCCAUCUUCGUCGCCAUGCGCACCCACAGCGUAGUGCAUUUGAUGAUGAGUAUCGAUUAGUGAAUCGGUUAGAAAAUAUGGGUGGUGGUAUCCAAAGGGAGUUGCCUGCUGCUGAAGAACUGGUAGCGUCAAGACGAAGGGGAGAGAUUAGAAGGACUGCCAAACCACCGCGCGUGAACAAUUCAAGCAUGUACAGUGUGGUAUCCACAUGGUCGAAGGAACGCGCACAGGAGGUCGCGUUUGCAGGAAACCUGAGGAGCGUGGAUGUGCUGGAACAAAGUGAUAUUCACGCAGAUGCUCGUGUUGGGCGUACACAGCCUUCCCACUCAUCUAGAGACGUGGUUUGGCACCUCCCCGACAAAUGGGACACAACCCAACAGCAUCCAAGGAAGCGAAUCCACUAUGGUGACAUUCCUAGCAGCUUGGAACGACUGUAUGAGCACAGUCGAACGGCAAUGUCGAGUGAAUUGUCACAAAGCGAUCAAGAACGGCGAGUGGGGUUGGGUUUGGACGGGCGUAAAAUGGAACCAGAACGGCAAAGAAGGUGGAGAUCACGGGAGGUAGAUUAUCAGCUCGAACCGACUACUCCAGAUGUACACAUCAACGGAUAUCGCCGACAACUUGAACGUGGUAUAACCCGCAGGAAACGGUAUCCAGUGGUUCGUUACGAUCAGACCGAUCGUGCGUCAUGGAUCAAUUGGAAAUGGAAGUUUGACAGGCAAAGUGGCAGAUUCCGUUGGGAUCCGCUUGGACGACAGCACUCACGCCAAUCAGUGACACCAACGCACAAAAAACAUUGCUGUAGACAGGCCAGAUUAGACACAGACAAUAGUGAGGAUGGUUUGUCGACUGCGGACUUGGAGGCUGCGAUUCCCGCAGGUCUACAUGAUAUUGGAUAUGCAUGGACCACCCAUGGAGAUGUGUCACAGGAAGCCUGGUAUAACGCACGUAGCCAGUCAGUUAAGCAUCUGAUCCCAUGGCGACUGAAAAACCAGGAGAGCGACGUGAUGCUAGAAUUCUCACUUAUCGUCUUGCCUGUGUCUGUGUCUGCCAGAUGUCCACAACUCGAUGGAGAUGCAUUUUCAGCUUAUCGACCACUGCAAAUUACCCGGAUUAGACAGCCAUAUGCUCCCAAUCCACAACCAUCGGACGUGGAAAAGCUUGUGCAAUUCUCUCUGGUGGAAAGACGUGUCAGGAUAUUGUCUGUGCGAGGGAACAUAUCGGAGAGAUUAGUCAGUUAUCCGGAGCGAAAGUGGCCCUCAUCACAUACGUUGGAUAUUGGCGUGGUGGCCGUGCGAUGA